AUGCAAUUCCUCAAGAGCUUUGGCCUGCUUUCUCUCUUCGCCAUUGCAGUCUCCGCUGGCCCUUCCAAGUUUGCCCAAAGCUGUCGGGACAUCGAGGGAUUCGGAUCAACUCUGCGGGCAGAAUGCCAGGAAUAUGAAAAUGGCGAGACUCGCCCCUCCACUAUCGAUCUGAACCGAUGCAUCAAGAACAGCAAGGGAAGCCUCAAGUGCGGAAAGAACGGUAACUAUGAGGGUUCUUGUAUCAACUGCAGCCUCCGCGGCCACACCGAUUUCCAGUGCAUGUGCCGCAACGUGGAUGAGGGUCAUAACUAUGUUCCUACCCACAUCGAUCUGAACAAAUGCAUCAGCAACAACCAUGGGGAGCUCUCGUGCUAA